ACUGAGCCGACAAGCGCGAGGUGUCUCGAGCGAACCGUCAUUUAACGUACGUAUAACAGAGGGCGCUCGUCAGUCUGCUCCAUUCUCACGACGUUUCUGACGCAAUGAAGACACUCGCUGCUCUCGCGCUCCUCUCCUGCGCCGUGCUCUCCGCCGGCCAGAUUCUGUCGUACGAGGAGAGACGCGUGGUUUCCUCCAACAUCACGCUCGACAACGGGCUGGACUGGGGCACGUGGGGUGACGUCGAGUACUGUCCGGAAGGGAGUUUCGUCCAUGCCUUUGAUACUAAGUUCGAGAGCGGGAGCACGACAGACGAGACCGCCGUGAACGCACUUAUGCUUUUCUGUAGCACGCCGAGCACCACGACACAGGGUACAUCACGUCGACGGUCGGGGAGUAUGGAGAAUGGCAAGGCAUGCGCAUCUGCACCACCGGAUACGUGACGGGCAUGCGAGGAAACGUGUUGGAGCCCCAGGGCAUUGUCCAUGACGACGUGGCUGUGGCAAAUAUGGAAAUGGAAUGUGACAGUGGCAAAGAGGUCAUCACGGGUGUCAUGGGACAGAAGUUCACUCCCGGGACUUGGGGCGAAUGGUCGAAAUGCGACAGCGGAUCGGCCGUGUGUGGCAUUCAGGUGAAGUGGGAGGAGCCAGUUCUAGGUGAUGACGCAGCCACGACCAACGUCAUCCUCUUCUGCUGCUCUCUGUAACAUGCUCAAGACGUGUUUUUUUCCGUUCAUUCAUGAUUCCCCCCAACGACCGUUAUGAAUUUGUGAAUGACUGGUCGCCAACUUCAGUAAAGUUAAUUGCUUCUUG